AAGUGUCAGUUCGAACGACCCCGGAGCCUGUUAGCUGCCUGGGUGAAUGGUAAUGUGUUUUUGUCCUCAUUUCAACAUGAGACGGCAAUGUAAUGAGUGGAAGAAAGCCUUAUUCUCCUCUCCGGAAAGACUUCGUUAGAAAGUUGCUUUAUAAAAUAAACGUAAUCUCCUUUGGAUGUUAUAACUUUUGAAACCUCGUCUUGAAGACCUUAAGGGAUGACUCCUAGAUGGACUCCAGAUACCUUGGUAUUGAAAGUGAGCAGAGCAGUUGACUUAUGGCAAGCCCGAGCUCUCAGGCCAACAGCAUCAUUUCCCUUGUUUCCUUUACGCACCUCUCUUUGUAGGCUUCAUUUGCAGCAACCGGUCAGCUGUAAGGUUGGCUCUCUCAGCUGGAAUCACAUCCAAAGGGGACGCAAGGGAUGGCUCAGUAGAGCUAGCCAGGUGAGGCAAAGGCUUGGACUCCACACCAGCACCCUGUGUUUGAACACUUCAGCCUCACGCUGGUCUACUGGCCUAAGCCAACACAUGUCGCGCAUCAGGAACACGCUGGACACAGUCUCUAAAGCUGUGAGUGGGACUCAUACAGAACUUCUCUCUAAAAUUUCCAGACUCAAGCCCAAUUCUUUCCAGGGAGAUAAGGAGGUUCAGAGCAGCAUUGAAAUAUUGCCAAAAGCUGAGAAGAGUACGGCCUCACCUACGCCUGCUCCCACCCAUGUUGCCCCCACUUCCACAGCCUCUACACCCAGCACUAUUGUUACCCCUGCUACUGUAACAGUUCCUGCAACUCCUUCUACCCCUACACCUGCUGCCACAUCUGGCAUAAGUGCCACUACCUCCACACCUUCAAAUAAUCUUUCACAGGCAACUGCCACUUCCAAAAAUCUGAGUGUGCCUGAACCUAAGGAGAAAAAGCUCAGGCGUGUCGCUUCUACUUUCAAAGCCAAUGGUGCCAGGAGGUCAGAGGAAGCUAAACCAUCAGCAAGCGACACAGAGAGCAAGAGCACCACAAUCUCCAAAUCCACCACACCGCUCUUCCACCCUAGCACCUUUUCAGUCAGCUUGGAUGAGACUUACAACUACCUGGCUCAUCACAUCAACUCAUACUUUAGUAGUAGCACAAAGACCAAUAUAAAGAACGUGGACAAUGGUGGCAAUGGUUCCCUUGCCUCCACUCAGGAUCAACAAAUUAGUGACCUCGUGCCAGUGUCUAACAAAAUAGUCGCACAAUCCCCUGCUUCAGCUUCUCCAACCUCACCGAAGAAGGGCUUAGGACACUACCUAUCCUACUCUGCUCCCACCGUGCAGGCCUUUGUAGGAAGCUACAUUGCACCACUGGUUCCUAAGUUCAGGGCAGCAGAAUCCAAAACUGCUGCGGUGGAGGAAAAGAAGCCUGAGGAUGCACCACCAAAAGAGGUUGAGGCCACAAUCAGUAAGGAGCAAAAGGCUGCGGAGGAGAAAGCCAAGCGACUUCUGCUCCAAAGGGAAAAGAUCAUCGCCAGGGUGAGUGUGGACAAUCGAACGCGGGCACUGGUUCAGGCGCUCCACAGGGCAUCAGAUGUGAGGGUCUACAUCAGCAGAGUGGAGGACCUUAGUUACCAUCUUCUAGAGUUCCCAGAGACCCGUGGUGUAGCUGUCAAGGAGAAAGCUAUCCCGUGCCUGUUACGUCUGAGACAGGCCAGUGACCCAGGUCUGAGGGCUGCAGUUAGAGAAGCCUUAACUUUGAUGGGUUACCAUAACCCUGUCAAAGGUCGGGGCAUACGGGUCUUGUCCAUAGAUGGAGGAGGGUUAAGGGGACUCGUUGCCCUUCAGACUCUGCACAAACUGGAAUCCCUGACAGGCAAACCCAUUUACCAACUGUUUGAUUAUAUUUGUGGUGUCAGCACAGGUGCUAUUCUAGGCUUCAUGCUCGGCGUGUUCCAAAUACCGCUGAACGAGUGUGAUGAUCUAUACAGGAAGUUGGGUUCAGAUGUCUUCAAGCAGAACGUCAUCAUUGGUACAGUGAAGAUGGGCUGGAGCCACGCCUUCUACAACAGUGAAACCUGGGAGAACAUCCUCAAAGAGAAAAUGGGCUCUGAUCUUCUUGUGGAGACUUCGAGAAACCCCAAAUGUCCUAAGGUGGCAGCAGUGAGCACCAUUGUGAACCGGGGCACUUCUCUGAAGGCCUAUGUGUUCAGAAACUACAACCUGCUGCCCGGGGUCCGCUCCCACUUCCUGGGUGGCUGCCAGCACCAGCUGUGGCAGGCCAUCCGUGCCUCCUCGGCUGCACCAGGGUAUUUCCAGGAGUUCACCUUGGGGAACGACCUCCACCAGGAUGGAGGUUUGUUGAUCAACAACCCCACAGCGCUGGCUAUCCAUGAGUGUCAAUGUUUGUGGCCCAACACGCCCUUGGAGUGUGUGGUCUCACUUGGUACGGGCCGUUUUGAAACACCUGGCAAGCACAGCGUCACCUACACCAGCCUCAAGACCAAGCUCACCAACGUCAUCAGCAGUGCCACCAACACUGAAGAGGUUCACACCAUGCUUGAUGGCCUACUCCCUCCCGACACCUAUUUCCGCUUCAACCCCUACAUGAACGAGGAGAUCGCCCUGGACGAGAACCGACACGAGAAGCUCAACUUGCUGCAGGCUGAGGGCAUCCGCUACCUGGAGAGGAAUGAUGAAAAGCUUAAGAAGGCAGCUCACAUACUCACCCGGGAGAAAAGCUCCGUCCAGAGGCUCACUGAGUGGGCCAGACUCAGAGCCGACAUGUAUAACGGGCUGCCCUUCUUCUCCUCCAAGCAUUAGGCCCAACACAACCCACCUAUACCUCACCAGGAAACUUUCCUCUCAGUCUAAAUCCACUAGGAUAUAAUAUUAUCACGGCUAGUGUGUUGUAGGUGUGUGAUCGCUGGAUCUGUAGAUGUGUAGACCUGAAAAAAAAAAAAGUUUUAUCAUCAUAUUUCAAGGUGGAUACUGCAUCUAAUACCCUAAACACUGCCCUCCUCACCCAGCCCAUAGACUCUGAUGGUGAAUUUGGUAUUGUAAUGUUGCUGUCUCACUGUUUUGGAAGUGAAGAUGCAUGUGGUAGCAACUAUGUUUAGCACAGUGUGACGUUAGAGGACCGUGUUGGGUUUAGAGGAAGGACUGACAAUUGAUAUGGGGAGUAGGGAACUCCCUGAAUGAAGAUGCAUCAACAAAUGCAUCUUGCACUCUUAAUAAGCAGAAUACUGUAGAUAAUAUAUUGCAGCCCUUCCGAAAACACGUAACUACAAGUAGUUUAUCCCAAGCAAGCACUUUUAAACUGUUUGUUUUCCUUUUAAACUAUGUUAGGACACAAGUGUUUCCACAGAAAGCUACGUUUAUUCAUACUUUCAUAGAAAAGUACAGAGAUUGGAUAUGUUUAAUUUGAAUGUAGUUGUUUUACUGUUGUUACAGUCAUUUGUUGCCACUUAAACUAAGCUGCCAACAAAUAACUUCAUUAUUAAAACAGGAAUGUUAACAAACGGCAGAAAAAAAGAAAAUAGAAAUGCCUUGAUGAUCAUGUCAGGUUAAGGUUUAACCAAAACACCUCAUGCACAUAGCUGUCUGUUUUCAGGUCUAAUGAUUUCAGAAACUUGCAUAUUUUAUACAAAUGCAGCACACUAGCUGUAUUUCCACAAAUGCAGCUAAUCUUAUUGUGGUACUGUCACUGGUCCAUGAGGGCCUACUUCAAGAAUUACGAUGAUGUACAUAUUGUUUGUAUAUUGCUAGUAAAUUUGCAGAAAUUAGCCACUGGCGUGACACCCAUGGAAAUGAUUCAAUUCGCCAAAUGCAAAUCUAGUGUAAAGCUAUAAGGUGUGAGCUGCACUGAUUCACUGUUAUGGUUCAUGAUAAAAUAUGUAUAAUAAUUAAUAAUUAACAAUGUUUUAAAUAUGUAUAUCUGAUAUAUAUGUAAUUUGUAAUAUGAAUCCAAAUGGGAACACUCACUGUAUGUAGUAAGGAUGAAAAUAACCAUGCUGUAUUAUUUUAGCCUUGGAGAAUUUUAGCUCACCUGCUCCAAAAGCUUUUAUCAUAGUGUGCAUGAUUGUUAGUUUUAAGGAUUCACCACAGGCUAUGUGCACUUUCUGGUUUUCAAUGUGCCCUGGAUCCCUUUGAUGCCUCUCCUCCAAUACCUCAUCUCCCAUUCUACCUUGAACUGCAGCUUUAUAGUCUAUACUCUGCCAUACUAUAAUGCUUGUUUAAAUCGUACAGGUUGAGCUGAAGGACUGGCUUAGAACAGAUUGUUGCUUAUUGAUUUACAACCAGUCAAACAUUAUCUUGUAUUGCAAGGUCUUGUGCACUACACACAUCCAUUUCCAUUGGCUAACCUGGCCGAGUACUGUAGAGCUGAUAUGACUAUGUCCUCAACACUCCAGGUGAACCCCAGGUAAAAGGGACACAAAUAUUAACUCUGACAAAUUUGAUCCAGAUGCUGUACCGUUGUUCCUUUGUAAGGAGUGUUGGAGCAUGCAUGUAAUUAAAAUCCAUCACUGAAC